CUCAGCCAACGAGUCGUGGUUUAGCGCUGAAAAGACGUACAGCAAGCGGUGACAAAAGAAACAUCGCGUUUUUCAUUUCCAAUGUGCUGCUGCGAAAAAAAUAAAGUGCUAAUUUUUCGCAAAAAUCCCCCCAUUUCUGGGUUAGAACUGACGUGAGCAUAAGCACCUCACAUCGAUAGUGGCUAGUGGUGAGCAAGAGGAAUAUCCCAAGGCGAAAUCGAAACCAGAUCGCAAUUCACCAUCACUAACCAGUGGCGAUGAGUGUGGAUACCUAUGAUGGAGCCGUUAGUUCCCAAACGUUGACGUUCCUGGAUACCGAAGAAAAUGACUUGAUCGGAGCGGACACCCAGGGGACGGAUUUCGACUUCCGAGAUUUUACCAUUCCGUCCCAGAGCCAGACACUUGCCUCGCAGUUGGAGCACUUAGCUAGUGGAUCCGGUAGUCAGCUGAAUGGAUUCGGCCGUCGACUUGGCUCGGAUGUGUCCAAGGUUGCUGGUAUCACAAGUGCCAUCGGGGAGCUUCAGUUUGAAGAGGACGAAGACGAUGCAGUGGUAAAAAGUCAAGAACUACCGCCACACGCUUGUCGUUACUGUGGCAUCCACGAACCGAGCACUGUGGUCAUGUGUAACAUUUGCAAGAAGUGGUUCUGUAAUGGUCGCGGUAGCACUUCCGGAUCACACAUUGUGAAUCAUUUGGUUAGGGCCAAGCACCGUGAAGUAACACUUCACGGCGAUGGACCACUCGGAGAGACCGUUUUGGAGUGCUACUCGUGUGGUGUACGGAAUGUGUUCGUUCUGGGUUUCAUCCCUGCCAAGGCCGACUCGGUUGUAGUACUGCUGUGCAGACAACCGUGUGCUGCUCAGAACUCCAUCAAGGAUAUGAACUGGGACCAGGAACAGUGGAAACCUCUGAUUGCCGAUCGAUGUUUUCUGUUUUGGCUGGUGAAAGUCCCUACCGAGCAGGAGCAGCUGCGAGCUCGUCAGGUUUCGGCUGCGCAGAUCAACAAGCUGGAAGAGUUGUGGAAGGAAAACGUUGAUGCCACAUUCCAAGAUCUAGAAAAACCGGGCAUUGACAAGGAACCAUCACCAGUACAAUUCCGAUAUGUAGAUGGGUACCAGUAUCAAAACAUCUUCGGUCCACUGGUGAAACUUGAAGCCGACUAUGACAAGCGUCUGAAGGAGAGCCAGACACAGGAGAAUAUCGAGAUCCGCUGGGACACCGGAUUGAACAAGAAAACAAUUGCGUAUUUUACUUUGGCGAAGAACGAUGGCGACAUGAAGCUGAUGCAUGGUGAUGAACUGAGAUUGAGAUAUACAGGGGAACUCCAUAAGCCUUGGAGCUGCGUAGGUCACGUAAUAAAAGUCCCCGAUAAUUACGGAGAAGAUGUUGGUCUUGAAUUGAAGCACAAUCAUCAAGCGCCGAUCGAAUGCACCUCGCAUUUUGCGGUAGAUUUUAUCUGGAAGGGAACAUCAUUCGAUCGCAUGCAGAUGGCAUUAAGAAAGUUUGCAGUUGAUGACAACAGCGUUUCGAACUAUAUCUAUUCGCGGUUGUUGGGACACGGUCGUCAGGAUGGUUCCGAUGAUGUCACAUUCCGUAUCAACAAUUUACCAAAACAUUUCAGUGCACCGAAUUUGCCCGAUUUGAACCGUUCCCAAGUGUAUGCCGUGAAGCAUGCACUGCAGCGUCCUCUAAGUUUGAUUCAGGGUCCGCCCGGAACGGGGAAAACCGUGACCUCGGCUACCAUCGUCUAUCAGUUGGUGCGUCUGAACGGUGGACCGAUUCUCGUUUGUGCCCCAAGUAACACCGCCGUUGAUCAGUUGACGGAGAAGAUUCAUCGCACAAACUUGAAAGUGGUUCGCGUUUGUGCUAAGUCUCGCGAAGCAAUUGAUUCUCCGGUCAGUUUCUUGGCUUUGCAUAAUCAAAUUCGUAACAUGGAACAAAACACCGAUUUGAAAAAGUUGCAACAACUGAAGGACGAAACGGGCGAGUUAAGUUCGUCCGACGAAAAACGUUAUCGUAUGCUGAAGAAACAAGCUGAACGAGAAUUGCUGGAAGCGGCUGAUGUCAUCUGUUGCACCUGUGUCGGCGCUGGUGAUCCCCGGCUGCAACGUAUUAAGUUCAGUUCAAUUUUAAUCGACGAAUCGAUGCAAUCAACGGAACCAGAGUGUAUGGUUCCCGUUGUUCUCGGAGCAAAACAAUUGAUACUGGUUGGGGAUCAUUGCCAGCUAGGACCGGUAGUGAUGUGCAAGAAGGCCGCCAAGGCAGGGUUGUCACAGAGUUUAUUCGAACGUCUUGUGGUACUGGGAAUUCGCCCAUUCCGUUUGGAAGUUCAAUACCGCAUGCAUCCUGAACUGUCUCAAUUUCCAUCGAAUUUCUUCUACGAAGGCAGCCUACAGAAUGGGGUCUGUGCUGAAGAACGUAAAUUGAAGGUCGAUUUUCCAUGGCCAUCACCGGACACUCCGAUGUUCUUCCUGGUGACACAAGGCCAGGAGGAAAUUGCUGGAUCAGGAACAUCUUAUUUGAACCGCACCGAAGCUUCGAACGUUGAAAAAAUCACCACUCGUUUCCUUAAAGCUGGCGUUAAACCAGAACAGAUUGGUAUCAUUACGCCGUACGAAGGACAACGUGCCUACUUGGUGCAGUAUAUGCAGUAUCAAGGGUCAUUGCAUUCCAAGCUGUACCAGGAAAUCGAAAUUGCCAGUGUGGAUGCUUUUCAGGGCAGAGAGAAGGACAUCAUCAUCAUGUCCUGCGUUCGUUCCAACGAGCAUCAGGGAAUUGGAUUUCUCAACGAUCCGAGACGGUUAAACGUGGCAUUAACUCGUGCCAAGUAUGGCAUUAUCAUAGUCGGCAAUCCGAAAGUUCUGUCCAAGCAGCAACUGUGGAACCAUCUUUUGAAUUUCUACAAAGACAAGAAAGUACUGGUCGAAGGAUCGUUGAACAACCUUAAGGAAUCUAUGAUUCAAUUUACGAAACCGAAAAAGAUUGUGAACACGUUAAACCCUGGUUCUCAUUUCAUGAACACAAUUAUGUACGACGCAAAAGAGGCGGGUUAUUUUGAGAGAGGCCACGGUGCCGGUUUCUCGGGAAGUUCGUUUGGCAAUCCAGGUCCGAUCGGCAGCAUGAUGAACGGACCGCGAAAUCCUCCGUUGGACAUGUUCACCCGUACCCAUGAUCCGAUCAGCUACAUCUCCCCGGAGCGCGCCCAAGCAGCCAUCAAUAACAUGCCCGUUCCGGUUGGAAUGUUUAUGAACAUGUCGAAUGUUCCGCCACGUUUUUUCCAGCAACAACAGGCAAUGCAGGCGGCAAAACAAGCGCGCCGCAACAAGCCAGUGACCGGUGCGAUCGGGACCAAGCCAAAACAACGCCCUAUUGGUCCACCCUCCAGUCAGAAUCAACACACUCCGGGACCAAUCGGUUCCGGUUCGCUGACCCAGGGAAUGUCCCAGAACAUGUCUCAACCGGGUUUCAGUCUGUCGCAGCAACCGGACUUCUCUCAGGACUACAUGGCCGAGUACCAGUCACAGGUGGACGGACUACUAUCGCAGGAUUCCACGUUCGGUCCCAGUCAGUCUGCCGCAGCCGAUCGUCUGGUGUUUGACCUACCACCGAAUCAGUUCUCGCAGCCAUAUUGAUAGAGAAAACACACAGGAUGAACAGGAUGGCGUGCCGCCCGGGGGAAUAUCGUUGAAUCAGAUUGAAGCAGAAGAAACAGCUAACAGCAAAUUCGUCUACGCCAAAUCAUAAAUUCGCAGUUCAAACGAAAGUAUUCGAAAGUUAAAAGUGGAAGAUCAAGUAAAGCUGUACGUAACCCUUACGGAACAACACUUGGAUGUAGGGGACAGGAAAUCUCCCCUAAUGCAUCACGGUGCUUGUCCCCGCGCCGUCAUCGUCGUCAAUGUCGUCUUGUCGGGAAACUGGAGAAAAGGCGGGAAGGAAUCUGAAAAGAGAAGAGCGACUCUAAUGCGACCAAAGCAGCUGCUACUGAAUUAUUUCCCCUUGAAAGCAGUGGCAGCAGUGUCAGAAUCUGGGAAACAAACCAUACAGUUAGCUAACUAAUCUCCACACAAAUAUCUUCAUCGCGAUGGGGUUCGAUUCUCCUAUUCGGCUAGAUUCAAACAGGCGCACUAAAAUGCAUCGGGAUGAACUUGACACCGGUAUGGAACCGUAGCUGCUGUUCCCGGUUCUAGGAUCUGAUUGCGAGGAGCGUUGAAUCGUCGAAAAUAAAUAGGAGACGUCCCGGCGAUGUGAGAGAUUAAGAGUAUCAUUCUUCAGAUAAAAAUAUUUUCCGUUCUUUAACAAAAUUCAUAUUUGCUCUACAUUGUUUGUUUUCUUACGCGAUUUAUUUUGUUCUUUUCGGACAAAACGGUCUCUAUGCGAGUGUUAUGUCACUUGUCCAACGCGUGCGCCUCAAACAUUCAACAUCUAAGUUUGUGAGCGAUUAUUCUUUUAUAUUUUAUAUGACUACUUACGGCUAGUUUGGUGAAAAUCAAUUCUUUAUGCAAAUGGCAAAUAACAUUUCUGAAAUUAGAAAUAGACAAAAAACAUCAUAAAUUAAUGGAAAAGGGAUGUACUACCAUCUAGUGCAAUGAUCUAAUGACUUCUCACAAAUCUGUCCAUUGUCGCAUGUUAAUUCCAUUUUCUGUAAGACCUUGUAAUCAAUCAUGCAUUCAUGGGCAGAAUAGUUUCAUUGAGUUUAAUGAAAAAAGAAAACACAUCCUGUAACAGUUAGUACCAACGACCAAUUGAAGGUAAUUCUUCAUUGCUGAAAUACAAAUUUAACUAGUUUGGCGUUGUCUAACAAUCGAAAAUUUAUAAUACUGACGUACCACCUUUUCCGAAUAAAACUGCUUCUGGCACACAAA